AGGGGCAGAUCUGUUGCCAGUCAAAUUCCUCCCAAAGGGCUCAGUACACGUAGAAAAUAGGAGGAGCAUCAGCAGCAUUACAGAUUGCAGCAAACACAUCUCAUGCAAAAGGCAGAACAGCAGAAAGGAGAAAACUUUAGAAAAGGGAAAGAGGAAAUACAGUGACUGGAGAGAAAACUAUGCUGCUGGAGGAAGAAAAGACAUAAACUGACAAGUACAUCAGGUGCUACACAAGCAACAUGUCUCGGCCACCAAGAAGAAAGGACAACCACAAAAUAAGCAGAGAACUUUUUGUACUCACAUAUGGGGCUUUGGUAGCCCAGCUGUGCAAGGACUAUGAAAAAGAUGAAGAUGUCAACACCUGGUUAGAUAAAAUGGGAUACAGCAUUGGCAUAAGGCUGAUAGAUGAUUUUUUAGCUCAUUCAGCUGUGAAAAAGUGCCGCAGUUAUUCUGAAACCGCAGACAUGAUUGCACAGGUUGCUUUCAAGAUGUACCUUGGGGUCACCCCUAGUGUGAGCUGCAGUAGUGCUGCAGGAAAUGAAUUCUCCUUAAUCCUGGACAAAAACCCACUAGUGGACUUUGUGGAGGAGCUGCCAGCAGAACGGGCAUCACUUUGCUACUGCAACCUCCUCUGUGGGGUGAUUCGAGGUGCCUUGGAAAUGGUUCACUUAACAGCAGAAGUUACCUUUCUCCAGGACAGGCUGAAGGGUGAUGCUGUGACAGAAAUAGGAAUUAGGUUUUUAAGGAAGGCUGAAGACAGAAAGUACAGAAGAAAUAAAUGAAAUAUUGGAAGAAACCUUUCUGAGGGAUUUUUUGCACCUUUUGUUUCUGAAGAAGACAUGCAGGGUGAAAACGGCUUCGCUGAGCCAGCUGCACCUGUCAUACAUUUGAAAGGUGAAGAGAGCCAGGCAGCAAACAGGCAGGGCAGAGCAGGGGCAAAGCAAUGUUAAUUGUCAUGACACAGAUAUCAGUAUAAAAGAUCAAAAUGUCCUGCCCUUCCUUCUCACAUAACCAUGCUUUUGAGCUCAGUGGAAGAUUAUCUCAAUAUUUAUUGCACACUGGAUGCAAAAUAUUCAUUCCACUGUUUUCAGACACGAGCUGCUUUCAGCUAAAUGAUCACCUUUUCCCAUUUUGUUUGUUGGUAAUGUUUCAAAGCAUGGCAGCUUUAUUUCCCUGGAUGUUGUAAUUAAUUAAUCUACUGUGACAGCUGUAUGUAGUGUCUCGCUGUCGGGUGCCUGUUUUGAUGUGUAAUGGUUUGCUGUUCAUUGUCCUCCACACUGGACAUCCUGCGCCCUUUGAAACCAGAGAGGGAUGUGGCUUCACUGAUGGCAGGAGCAGGUUUGAUUCAUUAAGUCUCUUUCAGGCUGCACAUGCAGUUUUGCUGGCAUGCCUGUUCAGCCCCAUAUGUACGUACGGCAGGCUGCAGCACUCUGACAACUGCAGCAGUGCUUGUGCUGCUUCAAGCUAUAGGCCUUUUCAUACUAGUCUUCUCUUCAAGAGCACUGAUCUUAUGACCAAAAUGAAGAAAGCAUGAUGUAUUUAAUGUGUAGUCACCGUGGAUCUGUACUUGCCUAAGAAAACUUGAAUAAAAAUUCAGAGAU